AUGCCACCAUAUGAAUUUAACCCGCGUAUCACAUCAGGUAGACCAAAUCAUCCUUGUAACUAUCUACCGGCGAAGAAGAUUAUCUUUAAAUAUAAUGGACAACCUCCGGAUCGAGAUUUAUCAAAAUACGGUCGCGGCUCUGAGGCUAAAGACAAAUAUGCAUUGGCCCGCUAUGACUAUAUGGAAAGACUUUUAUUCAAUGAUAGUGAAAAAGGGCAAGCUGAGAGACAGGCACAGGAGGAUGAGAGAGUGAGAAAGGAAAAGGAGGCAAAGCAGAAACGGAAAGACGACGAGAAGAGCAGAAAGGAGCAGGGUAAGAGGCUCAAAAAUUAUGGAGAGCCGAGCGGAGGACAUAAAGAGGAGCGCCAUGGUUUGCUGGGUAGUUCAAGGAGACACUAG